AUCGAGUCAGUUUUCUGUUGGUUCUCCAUCAAAAUGGCCGCACUCGCGCAGAAGAUCCUGUCACGAUGCGCACGAUUCCAUCAAGGGACAUCGUCCAGGCAGUUUUCCAUUUCGACCACGCUCGCCGGAAAAUCUGUCUUUGAUUGGGAGGACCCGUUCAACCUCGAGUCCCAGCUGACCCAAGACGAGAUCCUGAUCAGAGAUCAAUUCCGCGCUUACUGCAGAGAGAAGCUGCUGCCGCGAGUGAUCGAGGCAAAUCGCAGAGAGAUUUUCCACAAAGAGAUCAUCAGAGAGUUGGGCGAAAUGGGGACCCUCGGCUGCGCUAUAAAGGGCUACGGCGGCUCGGACGUGUCUACCGUGGCUUAUGGACUUAUGGCGAAGGAGAUAGAGUCUAUAGACAGUGGUUACAGGUCCGCGAUGUCCGUUCAAGCCUCUUUGGUGAUCGGAUCGAUUUAUUCCCAUGGGGACGAGUCGCAGAGGCAACGGUACUUACCGAAACUUGUUACCGGCGAGUUGGUCGGCUGCUUCGGUCUCACCGAGCCUAAUCACGGCAGCGAUCCAGGAUCUAUGGAAACCAGAGCCACUUACGAUCAAGAGAGGAAGAUAUACAGGCUGAACGGAAGCAAAACCUGGAUCACGAACGCCCCCAUCGCGGACAUACUGAUCGUCUGGGCGAAAUGUCCGGACGAAACGAUCCGCGGUUUCAUAGUCGAGAGGAAAGGCAACGAGGAUCGUCUCUCCACGCCUAGGAUCGAAGGGAAAUUCUCAUUGAGAGUUUCGACGACCGGGAUGAUCCUGAUGGACGACGUCGAAGUCCCAUCGGAGAACGUCCUGCCGAAUGUGCAGGGGUUGAGGGGGCCGUUCAGUUGUUUGAACAACGCUCGAUACGGCAUCGCGUGGGGAGCUCUGGGAGCCGCGGAAACUUGCUUCAGGGCUGCCAGGACGUACACCCUUGAGAGACGGCAAUUUGGGAGGCCGCUGGCGGCGAACCAAUUAAUGCAGGCCAAGCUGACGGACAUGAUGAGCGACAUCGCGUUCGGUCUUCAGGCUUGUCUGAGGGUUGGCCGGCUGAAGGACGAGGGCAAGGCCACGCCGGAAAUGAUCUCGAUGAUCAAGAAGAACUCGGCCUCGAAAGCGAUACAGAUCGCGAGAACCGCUAGAGACAUGCUCGGCGGCAACGGAAUAUCCGACGAAUACCACGUGAUUCGCCACGUGAUGAACUUAGAGAGCGUCAUUACCUACGAGGGUACGGACAACAUCCAUGCUCUGAUACUCGGCAGAGCGAUCACAGGCAUACAGGCCUUCAGUUAAGGGUCACCUGCUGGCGUGUCUUUUGGGAAACAUCGAUUUAUUUUAUUUACAUUUGUACAAUGCCUUUGAUACGUCUCAAUAAAGCCUCGAGCGUUUUCUAGGAGCUCGGAGGAUUGUUACUUCGAA